UCCAAAGGGGUUGGAGCACCGGGAGGGGACGAUGACAGCGCUUAACAACUGGUGGCACUUUGGAGGAUACGGCUGGAGCUCUGUUUAUUAACAAUUAGGCUUCGCCUCGGAGGAAGAUGUGACAGCUGUCGGAGGUCCUUCCAUCGCCCCACUGCAGCAAGCAAAGCCAACUCUGGGCAACCCUCUAAAAUGUUUAUUUGGACCAGUGGCCGGAGCUCUACAUCUUACAGACACGAUGAGAAAAGAAAUAUUUACCAAAAAAUCAGGGAUCAUGAUCUACUGGACAAAAGGAAAACAGUCACAGCCCUAAAAGCUGGAGAAGACCGGGCCAUACUCCUCGGGCUGGCCAUGAUGGUGUGCUCUAUCAUGAUGUACUUCCUCCUGGGAAUCACCCUGCUGCGGUCCUACAUGCAAAGUGUCUGGACAGAAGAAGCUCAGUGCUCGCUUCUCAACGCAUCCAUCACUGAAACCUUCAACUGCUCGUUUAGCUGCGGCCCAGACUGCUGGAAAAUCUCUCAGUACCCCUGCCUGCAGGUGUACGUCAAUCUCACUUCUUCUGGCCAGAAGCUUCUGCUCUACCACACCGAAGAAACAAUGAAAAUUAAUUCUGAGUGUUCGUACAUACCCAAGUGCGGCAAGAAUUACGAGGAAUCCAUGUCGAUGGUGAACGUUGUGAUGGAAAACUUCCGAAAGUAUCAACGCUUCUCCUGCUUCUAUGAUCCUGAGGGCACUCAGAAGAACGUGAUAUUGACCAAACUGUACAGCUCCAACGUGCUGUUCCACUCGCUCUUCUGGCCCACAUGCAUGAUGAUCGGCGGCGUUGCCAUCGUCGCGAUGGUAAAGCUGACUCAAUACCUUUCUCUCCUCUGUGAGAGAAUCCAAAGGAUCAACAGAUAAGGAUGAAAACUCCUCCAAGAGUUAAUUACAGAUAAAAUACUGUUUUCUCAUUCUUCACCAAAGAACCUUAAGUUUGUAACGUGCAAGUCUGUUGUAAGUUCCUUACUAUAUUCUUAUAAGUAGAGCAAUAAUGCAAAAGCUGUUCUAUAUGCAAACAUGAUGUUAUUAUUAUGCAGACAACCGAAAAAAUUACUGUUUGUGUUGACGAUCUUGUUUGAUGCUGAGACCUGUACUUCUUCCCUUUCUACAGCCAGAAUUGGGCUCAAUGUGACCAUUUGCCAUACUCAGCCAAUUGACUUUCUCAAUGUAAAGGAUUCUGGGGAAAUUUACGCCUGGAGAAAAGGCAGCAAAUGACUUGUGCAUCACUGAGGUCUCACCUCUGGCUCAGCCCUGCCAAUGGGUUUCUGGUUUUGCCUUGUUAUUAUUGGUUGCAGGGGAAAAAAAGUAGGGAAACAAAACAGGUUUUUUGUGAGCAGGUGGCACCACACGGACUACUGUGAGGCCAGGAUGAGUAUGAGUGUUUUCUGCCUAAGUAGGACUUGGCGAUGCUAUGUGUUAGCUCCCCCAGUUCAGAAGUAAAUUUUACCCAGUGGUAUGUACAGUCUUUUGCAAACACUUUGGAGUUUUAUUUAUUUUAUGCUGUAUUUUCCUUCUGUCUUACCAACAGCAUCUUUGUCAUCUGCAGAAGCUGUAGCCAAAAAAAAAAAAAAAAAGAAAAAAAAAAGAAAACCAACAAAAAUCACCUUGUUCCAUUUUGUACUUCAGUGUGAGCCCUGCUGAUGGAGAUGGCACCAGAACACCUUAUGUAAAGGUUUAUUACUCAUUUGUCAUGUAUUUGCUACCAUAUCACUGUAAAGAAAAAGUAACACAAUCAGCUAUUUUUUCAUUUUUUACUUCCAACUAUUUUAGAUUUUUUUACUUGAUAUAUAUAUACAGAUAUAUAUAUAUAUAUAUAUAAAGAAAAGCUAUAUUAUAUCUAGUUGUGUAUCAGAACUUGAUUAUGGGAUGGUGGCUUUUUUGUUUUUACCAACUGAGAAGUGAACAAUGUAACUCGUAUUCAUAACCUUCAGCCUUGGAUAAUAUCAUAACGUGGAGGAGCAGCACCGCAGGAUCCCAUCCAAUAUUCAUGAUGUUGUGUCAGGCAAAGGUCCCUAUUGUUGUAACAUCCGAAAUGACAAAAAUCUAAUCCAAUUCCACAGCUCUUAUUAACUGAAUUGUUAGGUAAUAAUCAUAAUACUUCUGGAAAUCUCUCCUGACCUCAACUCAGUGUGCAGUUCUGGCUGAAGUGAUUUCUGAUUUAAAAUGCCCAGGUGCAAGGAUUUAUUGGAAAUAUUCAUGUUUUUUUCUAAUAUGCUGUCCUAUCUGUCAUUUAUUUACCACAGGAAUAUUGCAGGUCUGAUUUCACACACACACACACACACACACACACACAACAGUCACGGUUUCUGCAUAAUUUAUUUUUAUUCCCCGCAUAGAAAACAUUCCUUUUUAUGCUGUGUUUAAAGGUACCUCUCAUAGUUUCUCACCUUGCACUUAGCCUGAAGGACAAAUGCAGGGCGUGAACUCACUGCCCAGUGAUUCAAAGGAAUCAUUCACAGGCCUAUCCAAGCCAAGAAACUAACAUUUUUCCCCUCAAAAAGACUGCAAAGCAAAUCUUCUGCCUCCUUCAUCUCUAUGUAAGUACCUUUCUGCAACAUAGCAUAAAAAAUUUCAAGAUAUUAUGAAACUUUACAAGUCACGCAGGUGUAACACGAGCUGUUAAAAAAAAAAAAAAAAGUUCUAAGCAGUGAAAAUGGAGCUGCAAUCUUGUAAUCAGUAGUAUAAUUUUCCUUAGGUAAAUAAAUGCCUGAAGGGCGGGGGGAAGGAUA